AUGGUUAGAGAAGAUGAAAGGAGAAUGGAAUUAAUUAAACAACAAAAAUCAGAAAUAAGUUCAAUAAACAAUAAUGUUAGCCUAUUAAACGAACUGCUGGAUCAAUAUAAAUCAGGAUCAAGUUCUGAUGAAGAUCUGCAGCUUAUAAAAGACAUAUAUUCUAAUUGUAAAGAUUUUCAACGAAAAAUAUAUAGAAUAACUCAAGAAGCUCAAGAUCAGGAAGAUAUUAUUAUGUACAUUAUAUUUGAAGUUAUAGAAGAUAAUGUUUCUGCUCCCAUAUGUUUAGAUACAAGUAGUGCAUCAUUAUUGGAUUUGGAUGCUACUCAUAAUGGCGAUAGUUUUUUGUUGUCUAAUGCAGACAAUAGACAAGAUUUUACUUCAAAUUCCUCACAGUCAAGUGAGUUGCUUGAUAUAUUUUUAAGUAUUGAACAUGAAACUGCAUCCUCCAGUGAAGACGUAUUGAAACCAUUAACGUUGCAAGAUGUGGCUAAAGAACAAACUAACGGUGAUAAUAAAAAAAUAUCAGCUAUGGAUGAACUGAAUCUACUUGGUGAGAAUUUAUUGAAAAGUAGUUUAGUGGAUGGUACUAGAGCUCCAUCAUUCACAAGAGCACCUACAAAAGUUCCGAUGAAUUCAUUAUUCACAUUAAGAGAUGAUACAACCAACACAUCCUCAAAAAGUGAAGAAUUGGAUUUGAAUGUUUUGAUUGGAGAUUGUUUGAAAUCAGUACCUACAUCCGAGGCGAAGGCUGUGCAAGUAAAUAAUACAAGUUCUGUAGUAGAUGACCUGAUGAUUGAUAUGUCGGAAGGAAAGGUGAAAUGCGAGAAAUAAAUCACACUUUAGUUUACACAAAAUGCUGGACAUUGUUGUAACUAAAUUUAUGUAAUUUUGAAUUUCUAAUUUCUGUUUGAAUGUUGAAGUAACAUUUUAUUUAAAAAA